UAUAUACAUACAUAGUUCGUGCUUCGACCUUUUCGUAGAGAAAACAAAAAAGUGAUGAAGAGGACGCGAAGAGACGACCAGUUUUUAGUUCGAAGUACACCAGAUAGAUGGAGAGGGGGAAUCAUUUCUCUCUCUCUUUCUCUUUCUUUAUGUCUCUCUCUCUCUCUCUUUCUCUCUCUCUCUGUCUCUUUUUCUUUGGAACUUCCGUGCGUACUACGCACGUUCUUUCCUCUCCGUCAUUCCUUCUACCUAACGUACUUCCCCUCCCCCCGCCUCCCUUCCUCACCCUUCGCCGUCAUCGUCACUGCCGUCGCCGUUGUCCGCUGCUUCACAGUGUUAACUCUCUCCCCUCUCCGCCCUUCUCACUCUCUAUCGCUCUCUCUCUCUCACUCCCCCCUCUUCCCACACAUCUCUCCCUUGUACACGUUCACUCACUCACCGUAGACUGACUUCGCGGGGGCACGCACGCACGCACGCACGCACGCACGACGUACGUACGCAUGCAUGCACGCUCGUUCGUUCGAGCGUGCCUAUGUCAGUGCGAUAGUAACUUGCACCGUGUGCGGAAGAAGAAGUGCAGAUGAGCGUGAGCGAAGAACGAGCAUGGCAGCGGAUUACGACGAGUGAUAUACUCCUCUCGACGGACGCGCGCGCGAGUUUUGUCGUGUGUGUGUACCCGAGAGAGAGAACCUAAGGGAAGAAGGACUCCUCUCUCUUUCUAUCUCUCUCUCUCUCUCUCUCUCUCUCUCUCUCUCUUUUUGUCCCUUCCUCCCUUUCUCCCUCCCUCCCUUCAUCCUUAAUACUAUUCUUUACCUUUCUGUUUCUCAUUGCUCUCUCUCUCUCUCGCUCUUUCUUUCUCUCUCUCUCUCUCUCUAUUCUCUCUUUCCCGGCCUGUUUCGCUAUCCUGUCUCUUUCUCUCUCUCUCUCUCUCUCUCUCUCUCUCUCUCUCUCUCUGUCUGUCUUUCUUUCUUUCUCCCUCUCUGUAUAUUGAAUCUCUACUCGUUUAUACUCGUUUCUCUUCCCCUCUCUUCCCCUCUGUCUGUCUGUCCACGUCUCUCUCUCUCUCUCUCUCUCUCUCUCUCUCUGGUCGUAUACUUUAUUCUUUAUUCUUUCGGCCGAUUCUCCUCCUUCUGUCCGUUUCUUAACGCGGCGCGCGCGCGCAGCUGCGCGCACUCUACGAAAAUAGAACUCUGAACGUUAAAAAAGAGGAGCCGAGGAAGGAGCGAGGAGAGUGACUAUAAGGCGGUCGUUAGAAUGUCGCGCGUGUCGCUCAACAAGUCGCAGUACAGCACGUACGGCUCGCGUCGCGUGCGAAAAAUCAGCACGACGGAGAGCGAGUACUCCGUAGAAGAGCAAUCGAGACUAACAGGAGCAGAUGGAGCGGCCGACGAGACGUCCCCGGAGGACGAAGGAGGAUCUCUUUGCGAAUAUCAUGACAUACCACCACCUCCGGACGGUGGCUAUGGCUGGGUGGUUGUGUUUGCGUCGUUUAUGUGUAACAUGAUAGUGGAUGGGAUCGCAUAUACAUUUGGCGUUUUCCUUGGCGAAUUCGUGAAAUAUUUUGGGGAAGGGAAAGGCAAAACUGCUUGGGUCGGUUCUUUACUCUCUGGCAUGUAUCUUAGUGCUGGACCUGUUGUCAGUGCUCUGACUAACAAAUAUGGUUGUCGGGCUGUCUGUAUGGCAGGAAGUUUUCUAGGAGCUGCGGCAUUUGUACUAUCGACAUUUUCAACCAGUGUAAAUAUGCUUAUGAUGACUUACGGUGUGAUGGGAGGUAUCGGCUUUGGUUUAAUAUAUCUUCCUGCGGUAGUUUGCGUAGGCUAUUAUUUUGAAACCAAAAGAUCUCUUGCUACGGGCAUUGCGGUAUGUGGCUCAGGGUUUGGCACGUUUGCAUUUGCUCCUCUUGCCACCAUGCUGUUAGAAGCAUACAGUUGGAAGGGGGCAAAUUUAAUCUUAGCAGGCCUUAUUUUAAAUUGUGCAGUAUUUGGAGCAAUGAUGAGACCCCUCGAAUAUCCAAAAACUUCCUCUGUAAAGCCAUUGUUACAAAGAAUGGCAGAGGAGAAGAGGUUUCAAAUGGAACGUGGAAGUAUAGGUGGUUCUUAUUUCAUGGUGCAACUACCUGAUGGAUCUAUGGAGAAAAGAAUGAAAAUGCCUAUUAAUAUUGAUCCGGGUGUACACUCCAGCUUCAAUUUAGAUCAAUUAGUGCCUGGAACUCCUUUAACACCAGUUCCAACGGUGCCGACCCUACCAACUAUAUCGGAAGUAAAAGUACAAGAACACUCAUCCAGCGGGGCAACUAGUAAUAGUGGUAGUAUGGAUUUAAAAAGCGCUUCUACCAAAUCAAGAAGUAAAAAGAAUUUAAAUGAAAAAGACAAGGAUACGAUAGAGAAACCCGAAGGUGAUAUUAUUAAGCCGAUAAUUCCAAGGAACGCUUCGCAACCAGCUUUUACUACACAUGUGCAAGGUUUGCCUAAAAAUGGUUCCGUACCAUUCUUCGAUAGAAUCCGUAAAACAAGUACCGGUGAAAGAUAUAAACCAAGUUUAAGCGCUAUAAAGAAUUCUAGAACAACCCUGAAUUCAAAUGGAGACAUUCGAAAAAGUUUACAUUUAAGACUUUCCACUAGCAGUGUAUUAGGAUCACGUAACAACAAUGCAGAAGUUGAGGACGGUGAAAGCAUAACUUUUACAACAAGUACAUCUCGUAUACCGAAGGAGAAGCCUUUAAUGAUUCGUCCUUUAUCAAGGAAAGAUAUAUUUUACAGCGGUAGCGUGGUUAAUCUGCCAGAAUAUCAAAGUCAAAAGUCUCUUGCUAAUUAUCGUCAAAGUGUCAUUUCAAUUCCGAAAUCUGUACGUGGUGAAAUGAAAGAUAUCGACAUAGAAAAAGCGCCUCAACAACCAUUAUGCCCCUGCUUAAUUUUACCUGACUCAUUUAAAGAAGCUUUAGCCACAAUGAUGGACGUAUCUCUCUUAAAGGAUCCAGUUUUUCUUCUUAUUGGAAUAAGUAAUGUCUUCGGUAUGGCAGGAUUAUAUGUUCCUUUUGUAUAUCUCGUAGAUGCUGCUAUCUUAGACGGAAUUGAAAGCAACUCUGCAUCAUUUUUAUUAUCCAUUAUUGGUAUAACCAACACAGUGGGACGUGUAGCUUGUGGUUACGUCGCAGAUUUUCCUCAAGUCGAUUCGUUAUUGUUGAAUAAUAUAUGCUUAAUUAUAUCAACUGUUGCUGUAGCAGCUACACCAUUUUGUCACACUUAUGCUGCUUACAUUGCCAUGAGCAUAUUCUUUGGCAUAGCAAUAUCCGGUUACAUCUCAUUAACGUCGAUCAUUUUGGUGGAUCUUUUGGGAUUGGAUAAGUUGACAAAUGCAUUUGGUCUUCUCAUAUUAUUCAGAGGAGCUGCAGCGAUCGUUGGUUCGCCAUUAGCUGGUGCCGUUUAUGACGCCACACAAAGUUAUAGUAUACCAUUUUUCAUGGCAGGAUUUUUCUUCCUCGUAAGCACGGUCACCAGUUUCAUGGCACCCGCCAUGAAACGUUGUACGACACCGCAGACACAGCCUGUGAUAUUAGAUACGUUGACACCAAUUGACGAGGAUAUAGAGGAAGAGAACGAGGAUGAUAUACCGGAGAUAGUUGAAACUGCACCAUCACCUCAAGAUCCACCGGAGAAAGAAAUUAAACAGAUAGAGUCUGUUUUAUAAGCACCUAAGUAUCUUUUUUUUUUUUUUUUUUUUUUUUUUUUUUUGUAAGAUAGAGAGAAAAAAUGUCGCCUUCACUCCGAGCCACACUGUGAUAGGGCUGCUUAAAUUCAAGAAGGUCUCACAAAAUGAAGAAAACGUAUUUUCUUCGUUAACGUUAUUAUAUUUAAUAAUGCGAGGAGAAAGGAAACAAAAGAAAAGGAAAAAAGAAGCACAAAUCGAUCGAGUAUAUACCUGGUGACAUUUUUUUCCAUAUUCUCAGGACUUUUACUAUACUAUAUUAUUAUAUAUAUAUAUAUAUUUUUUUUUCCCUCUUUUAUUCUAAUCUAAUGAGAUAAAAACCAUGCAAGAAAUAUCGCCAGGUACGAAGCUGUUCUUUUGCCUACGUCAAUAAUAGAUGAUAGAUAGUGAAAUUUCUUAACUUAAUCAGUAUCGAUCGAUCAGUAUAUACGAAUUGAAAGAGAGAGUGGGAGAGAGAGAGACAGAGAGAGAAAAUGAAAGAAAAAAAAAAAAAAAAAAAAAAAAAGAAAAAAAAAAAGAAAAAAGUUGGAAAAAAGCGCUUUUGCACUUGCAUAUCGAGCAACCUUGAGGAAUAAUAAUUAAAUAUAUUUACAGCGACUUAGAUUAUGACGCUACGAUCAUGAUGAUGAUUUAACGCCAGGGAUGGUCAAUUUCAAUUCGUUGACUGAAUUUAUUUACGUGAAUCCGAUAUGUCACGUUAUUAUAUAUAUAUAUAUAUAUAUGUAUAUAUAUAUAUAUAUAUAUGUAUCUGUCUAUCUAUAUACAUUUACACACACAUCUAUAUAUAUAUAUAUAUAUAUGUAUAGAUAGAUACAUAGAUAGUAAAGUCAGCAAUUUCACCUAACAACGGGACAACGAAAAUACUUUCGCGAGUUAUUAUACACUGCUCUCAUAUCAAUUGUAUCUAUUUCUUUUCUUUCUUUUUUUUUUUUUUUUUUUUCUUCGCGUCUGUUAAGUU